AUGGAUAGAGCGAACCCUAACCACUUUGGCGCAGGGCCUGCACAGUUACCGACGGCUGUUCUACAGCAAGCUGCUAAGGAACUGAUAAAUUACGAGGGUCUUGGACUUGGAAUUGGUGAGAUUUCCCAUCGGUCGAAAGAAGCCGGUCAAGUGAUCGAGGAUGCUAAGAAACAUUUAGGAGAGUUGUUGAAGAUUCCGGAUACUCACGAGGUAUUUUUCAUGCAGGGCGGAGGUACGACGGGAUUUUCGUCAAUUGCGUCGAAUAUGGCAGCUGCUAGUGUUGGAAGAUCAGGUCAGGUGAAGGUUGGUGCAUAUGUUGUAACGGGGUCAUGGUCUGCGAAGGCUGCACAAGAGGCAGAGCGGCUUGGGGUGCCUACCGAGGUAGUUGUGGAUACAAAGAAGAUGACCGGGAAGUAUGGGUCGAUUCCCGCGACGUCUGAAUGGGUUGGGAAGAUUGAUGUCCGGAAGCAUUCGUAUGUGUAUUUGUGUGAGAACGAGACAGUGCAUGGGGUUGAAUGGCCUGAGGUGCCACAGGAGCUUGUGAGAACUGGGGUUCCGGUGGUGGCAGACUUGUCUUCGGAUAUCUUGUCUCGGAGAAUUAACGUUGAUCAGUAUGAUGUGAUCAUGGCAGGUGCCCAAAAGAACAUUGGUUUAGCAGGGUUGACUUUGUAUGUGGUACGUAAGAUCUUCUUAGAAAACAUAAAGAAGGUACCCGAGGCGGAAUUACUAGAUCAGGGUCUGCCUGUUACACCAAUUGCGAACCAUUUCCCAACAGUGGUGGCUAACAACUCCGCGUACAAUACCAUUCCGAUCUUUACAUUACGUAUCAUGGAUCUAGUAUUUGUGCAUUUGCUGAAGAGGGGUGGACUCGAUGUGCAGCAACGUGAGAAUGAGGAAAAGGCUCGUGUGAUUUAUGGUGCUUUAGACCAGUUCUCAGACUUUUACAAUGUGCCUGUGGAUAUUCCCGCUAGAUCCAAAAUGAAUGUUGUGUUUACCAUUAAGAAGCAAGGACUCGAUGACGAAUUUUUAAAGCAAGCCAAGGAGCUAGGUCUAACAGGGCUCAAGGGUCAUCGGUCUGUAGGUGGGUUUAGAGCUUCACUUUAUAAUGCCGUGGAGCUUCGUAGUGUACGUCUUUUGGCUGACUUUGUUACUAAGUUUGCUAAGGAUCAUGCCUGA